UAAUCUUCAUACAGCUAGAGUGGUAAUCAAAGUUGACGACGCACGAUGCUCGACGACUGAACCCGGACAUGCCCUAUAUGUUACGUCGGCAGAUUGUCAAAAUGAGUUCAUGAGUGCGGUUGGAUCCUGCUAUCACGUCGGAAAUGUUUCAAUGACGUUCAUCGAAGCGAAGCGUUAUUGUCGAGAACAUGGCAGUAAUCUCAUUCACAUCGAUUCAGCUCAGGAAAACAACUACCUCAAAAACUAUGCCCUUAGACACACGUAUGAAAUGCUGUGGAUUGGUUUAACAGAUUUGAUGGCUGAGAGUCACUACAUGUGGAUUGACGAUAAUACUGAAGCACAAUUUACAGACUGGGCCCAAGGUCAACCAAACGGAGGAUACGAGGACUGCAUUUUACUUUACAACAAAGACUCAUAUAGAUGGCACGACUACCCCUGCGAAGGUCGUUGGUAUCCCGUGUGUGAAACGAUACCAUCUCAUGUAGCACUCGUUGGAUAAAUAUGGAACUCGCGACUGCUGCAGUAGAACAUUUGUAUGCCAGAGAAUCGUUUUGUGUGCAUGUCGUUCAUACAUAAUUGCAAAACGAAUAAAACAAUUAAAGUUGAAA